AUGGGGGCUGAAUUGCAGGCACUAACUGCAAAUGGGACCUGGGAUUUGGUCACUCUACCACCAAAUAGGAAACCCAUCGGAUGCAAAUGGGUUUACAAGAUUAACUACCGAGCUUAUGGAUCCAUUGAACGUUACAAAGCUCGAUUGGUGGUAAAGGAUUUACCCAACGGGAAGCAAGCUUCCAAGCAAUGGUAUGCCAAAUUUGCCGAUGCUCUCACUUCUACAGGUUUCAAGCAGUCCAGAUAUGAUUACGCCUUAUUCACAUGGAAUCAAGAUUUGGGAGCACCCAAAUACUUUCUUGGGAUAGAAAUUGCUAGAUCUGAUCGUGGGAUUUCUCUUAGUCAACAGAAAUUUAUGCUAGAGAUUAUAUCAGAGGCAGGUUUGUCGGGAUGCAAAUCAUCAGUUAUUCCAAUUGAGCAAAAUGUGAAAUUGACCACCAAGGAUUAUGAUGCUGGGACAUUUGAGAAUCAUGAUCCCAUCCUUAAUGAUCCUUCAGGUUAUCAGAAACUCAUUGGGAAACUUAUAUACUUGACUAUGACCAAACCCGACAUAUCAUAUGCAGUGUAG